AGGAAGUGAGGGGCACCAGAGUGGACCGUGUUUGUCUUCACCCCAAGUGAUCAUGAGAGGUGCUGUGCAAGUCUUCAUCAUGCUCCUCCUAGCAACGGUGUCUGACUGUGCGGUGAUCACAGGGGCCUGUGAACGAGAUAUCCAGUGUGGGAGCGGCACUUGCUGUGCUGUCAGCCUGUGGCUGCGGGGCCUGCGGUUGUGUACCCCACUGGGGAGGGAAGGAGAGGAGUGCCACCCAGGAAGCCACAAGAUCCCCUUCCUCAGGAAACGCCAACACCAUACCUGUCCCUGCUCGCCCAGCCUGCUGUGCUCCAGGUUCCCAGACGGCAGGUACCGCUGCUCCAGGGACUUGAAGAGCGUCAACUUCUAGUUUGUCUGGACUCUGAAUCCCUACUGGGUGACCUCUAGCUUUGCAUCUGUGUGACUUAGUUCCCUACAACUUCUCCACUAACCAUUCUGUAUGUGCAGACAGGCAGACCUUCCACUACGGAAUAGUCCAACAGGGUGCAGAGAGGAGUUCACGGCCUUGAGAAGUAGGCCAGCGCGGCCUUCCCUGCUCAGACUGCCUGAAGUUGUGACACUGUGGUCCUCCUCAGUUGUCUGCCCCUUCCUGCAUGUCCCCUCCUUCCUAAACCACACCUUCCUGGGCACUGGCCCAUGGGUGCAUCACUAAGUCACAGGGCCUGUGGGGUAGAUGAUCAACUUUCUCCUCAUUUUUCUUGUAUUGACUAGCUCCUUAUUUUAGGACUGUACUUCUUAGAACACCAUUCUAAAGCAAGA